AUGAAAAAUUUAGGAAUUAUCAAGACUUUGCUGAUUUUUGGUCACUUUUGGAUGAGGUCUACAUCUGCAGUUGACUUCACAAUAAACCUCUCAACAGAAUGCACAGAACUUCUCAAACUUAACAAGACACCAUUUGAGUGCUGUCAAUAUCCACGACUAGAAGCAAACGAUGAAAUUGUCAAUAAAUGUGAUGCAGACUGCCCAAGAGACAAACUAGACACACAAAAUUGUUGCUAUAGAUCAUGUUUAUUCACGACUAGCGGGAUAUAUGAGAAUGACAAGUUCAAUGAGAAUAAAUGUGUUAAUUCCUUCUUAAUUGAUGAACAGAAUGAGAAUGCGGACAGUUGGAGGAAGGUAGUGAAGGAGUCGAUUAAAAGUUGUCAUAAGGAAGUCCAUGAAUCAACAAAAAUCACAAACGACAGCUGCAUACCAAAUUACAUUCAUGAGAUCAUCACCUGUAGCUUCAAAGAGAACUUUAUAUCUUGUCCAAGCUUUAGUGAUGAUAAAAUGUGCGACUCAAUGAAGUCACUCGUGUCGGAAUGCUCAAAGACUGAUGGAAAGUUUAUUUUUUACAACUUUUUCUUUUCUGAAUGGAGCUUAGCCACAAAGCCAGUACUUAAAAAUUCAAUACAAUUUACACUCCUCAAGCUUCUAGCUCAUGAUGACUAUCCAGAAGACUGUGAUGAACUUUUCGACGAAAACAUCCAUCCAUCAAAGUGCUGCAGCUACCCAUCACGUAAAAUUCUAGACAAACACACCGAAAAGUGCAAGAAAAUCUGCAAAGACUCAAAAUUAACUUCUCCUGGUUGUUGUGAACUUGAUUGCAUUUAUGAUGCAACGGGUGUCCUUAAAAAUGAUGAAUUAGUCCACGAGGCUGUUGUUCAGCUUUAUGAAAACUUUUUGGAGGGCCAUGGAGGUGGAAAAUAUGACAAAUGGAUGGGAAUUAUAGAAAAUUCAGUAGAAAAAUGCGGGAAAAUUGUCAAAAAGUCUUCAGAUGUACUAGUCUGCAAUAUCCCAGAAUACAUCCUCGACUUCCUCGACUGCAUUGACUCGCAGAACUUCAUCAACUGUCCAAACUUCAAGUACUCAAAGCCAUGCAACAAAACAAGAUUAAUUGUUCAGACUGAAAGCAAAUGUGGAACCAAAGUCAACGGACAUUUCAUCAUCAACCACAGAUUCUGGAACACAAAAGCUGACGAUGAUGAUGAAAAAAUAUCAAAAAAGUCAUAA